AGCCACCUAACCUCAAAGUUGUCGUGUGCUGUUUGUUUAUAGAGGUUAUCCGAAAAUUCCAUAUUAACUAUGUCCCCGGUCUUAUAAAUCAGGAUGCCGCAAGGUAGCAAAAUAUUUCUACCCUGCAGGGGCUUAGGAUACGUCAGCAACCACAUACCCUUGCAAGUAAGGUACAUAAAGAGUCGCAAGGAAAACCUCAUAGUAACAUGCGUGGGGAAAUCGUUUCACACCUACGGCAUAUCGCACUUCGGGCUGCUCAGCGUGAGCGGCUUGCACCCCGGCGACAUCGGCUGCAUGACCUCCGAUGCCUACCACGUUUACACCGCUUGUGAAAACGUGAUCUACGCUUGGCGUAGGGGUACAGAACUUAAACACGUCUAUCGGGGACACAGGAAGAAGGUUCACCUCAUGAUACCGUUCGGGGCUCACCUGAUAUCUGUCGAUGAGGGCAGUAGUGUGAAAGUGUGGGACAUAAAAGCCGAAGAAGUUUAUUUCGAGUUAACUUUUGGCGCUACAAAUUUUAAUAUAAGCGCGUUGUUACACCCCAGUACCUACAUAAAUAAAAUACUGUUUGCUAGUGAUAAAGGUGAGAUGCAGUUGUGGAAUAUCAACACCGCAAAGUUAAUUUACACGUUUAAAAGUUGGAAGGCACGGGUUACUUGUUUGGAACAGGCACCAGCGAUAGAUGUCGUGGCAGUGGGUUUGAGUACCGGAAGGAUUAUUUUACAUAACCUUAAGUAUGACGAGACUGUUAUGGAGUUUAUUCAGGACUGGGGUUUGGUGACUUCGAUUUCCUUCAGGUCCGACGAACACCCGAUUAUGGCUACAGGUAGUGUUGCGGGUCACGUCGUCUUUUGGGACCUGGAAGAAAGGAGAGUGGCUAGUCAGUUACUUGCCGCUCACGAUGACGCCGUUACCGGGAUGGUGUGCCUUCCUAGUGAACCGCUUGUGUUAACUUCGUCCCCCGACAAUACUUUAAAGUUGUGGAUUUUCGAUAUGACAGAUGGAGGAGCUAGACUGUUACGAAUCAGGGAAGGACACUCAGCUGCACCUACCUUUAUACGUUUUCACGGCGCAAACGGGCAUAAUAUACUUAGCUGCGCUGGGGAUUCCACAUUAAGGAUAUUCAACACCCAAACGGAGCAGUUCAACAAGAGCUUGGGGAAGGCCUCUUACAACAGAAAAGUCAGUAAAAAGAGAGGAAGAGCUGUAGAGGACCCCUUGAAAAUGCCCCCUAUCGUUCAGUUCACUUCGGAAACGACCCGUGAAAAGGAGUGGGAUAAUGUCGCCGCCAUCCACCAAGGGCUGGCGAUGGCCACGACUUGGUCAUACGAUAAAGUUAAAAUGGGAGAUUUGAAGUUGUUGCCGGAACGCUUCCAACGGAAGAAUAAAGAUGUGAAUUUGGAAGUGUCGGCAACUUGUUUGUGCUUAACGCAUUGCGGGAAUUUCGUUAUCGUCGGCUAUAGCACAGGACAUAUAGAUAGGUUCAACAUGCAGUCUGGUUUGUGGAGGGACAGUUACGGUAAUCCCAAAGGACACGAGUGUCCAAUACGAGGAUUGGCCACGGAUACUCUUAAUCAAAUAACGAUAAGCGGGGGCAGCGAUAGCAAAAUAAAAUUUUGGAAGUUUAAAAAUAAAGGGACGAGUCCUUUGACCGUCGUAACGCUCGAAGAGCCGAUAAACUUCUUCCGCACCCAUCGAGAGAGCUCCAUGCUAGCCGUAGCCUUGGAAGACUUCAGCGUGAACAUCAUCGACAUCGAAACACGUCGUCUUGUCCGAAAAUUCCUCGGACACACAGCCCAGCUCACCGACGCGACUUUCAGUCCCGAUUCCCGUUGGCUGACGACCGCCUCCAUGGAUUGCUCCGUAAGAACUUGGGACGUGCCGUCAGGACAACUCGUGGACCAAUUCGCGACAGACGCGGCUUGUAUAUCCCUCGAUAUGUCCCCCACGGGCGAAGCCUUAGCCACCGCUCACGUCGACUACCUGGGCAUGUUCUUGUGGACAAACAGAACCCUUUACAGUAAAAUAACUCUCAAGGGUCUGACGCCUAGUGACGACCCGCCGCUGAUUACGUUACCGGAAUGCCAGGAGGAACCUAAAGAAGAAGAAGAGGAAACGGGGGAGGUGGAAGAGGAGUUCGUUUCACCCGAACAAAUCGGUAACGAUUUGGUUACUUUGUCGGGUUUGUCGACAUCCCGCUGGCAGAAUUUGCUUAAUCUGGACGUGAUUAAGAGGAAGAACAAGCCGAAAUCGCCCCCGAAAGCCCCCAAAGCCGCUCCGUUUUUCCUACCGACGGUUGCGUCGUUGAAUAAUAUCCAGUUCGACUUAAACGCUCAAACCGAGGAGGGUAGCAAGCUGGUAAAGCCUCUCUCGUUUGUAAACUUAACGGAAUUUGGGAGGAUUCUGGAUGAAACUAAGGAAACCGAUAACUUUCUGCCGGUAAUCGAGAAAUUAAAGUCCUUGGGACCUUCCAUGAUCGACUUUGAACUGAAAUCUCUUGCGCCGGAAGGAGGCGGUUCUGUUGAAGUAAUGCUGCAGUUUUUAAAAUGCGUGGAGUUCAUGUUGAAGUCUAAUAAGGAUUUCGAGUUGGCGGAGGCAUAUUUGGGCGUGUUUCUGAAGGCUCACGGGACCGUUAUAGCCCAGGAAGAGGGCUUGCGGAGCUACUUACCGAACGUGGGUAGUUGCCACAGCGUCGCUUGGAAUAGACUGCAGGAAAAGUUGUUGUACAGCAUGUGCGUGGUGCAAAGCUUAAAAACCACGUAAUUUGUUGAAAUAUUUUGUAUUGAAUUAAAAAAGUUAAUUUUU